CUGCUUAUUAUUCUUAUUAGUAUUUUUUUAAAUUAAAAUGGUCCACCUCACAAUCGAAAAACGAAAAUGUGACAAAGUGACCUGCGGAAAAAUUAGACUGACUCUCAUCUCUCAUUCCCCAAUCAGCUGUUGCAGUCAAAAAGGUAAACAAAAUGUUUGCAGCAGUAAAACUUUUACGAACCAGUAUAAAGUGCAAUAAUUCAUGUGCUAAGAGCAGCGUUGCGCUUUUCAAAGGGUUUUGCACGAGCCAUUUGCGCCGCAGUUGGCCGCGUGUUCAAUCCGCCGAUGUGGAACGCUAUCUGUUACGAAAGGACCGUAUCCCGGAAACAUACCAGCUCGUGUACCGUGCUCCAAUGGAAAAUUACGUCGCCUGGACAAAAAACAUAUCGACUGCAACUAUAAGCGUUCUUAGUCUGGUGGCUUUAUAUCAGGCAGCUACAACUAUGAAUUUUGUGGACAUUGCACUGAAAUUAGACUUGGGGCCUCUUGUAUCUGAGGAAUCAGAUUUAUAUUACUUUGUGGUAGGCUUUGUCCUCAUUAAUUUAGCUAUUCGCAUGUUUGUGGCCAAAUAUCCUCUACGCAUUUACAAGAGUCCUGAAAAAUAUGUUGCUGUUUAUGGCUCACAACUGCCGCUGGGCACUGUCAAACAUUAUUUUCAUAGGGGUGAAAUUAAGGAAUAUAAAAAUUUCCUAAACCCUUGGAGACACAUUAUGUAUAAGUUGGGCAGCCGUUCGUCCAUGCUUUUGGUCGAUUACUUUAAAAGUCCAUCAGAGUUUGAAAAGCUCUUUUCCAAAGAGUAAUUCGAUAUAAUGAAAUGAAAAAUAUUAAAAAUUAUCUAUUACCUA